AUCUCUAAUACUUUUUGAAUACGGAAUGAUAAAUUUUAAAGAGGCGCAUCGAUAUAUCCAGGCCUAAAUUUCAAGCUCUAUUUGAAAUUGUUUCAACAAUGACUUAGUUCACUUUUAUGAAUGAGUUAAUUUUUACAUCUGAAUAUGAAACUUCAACGUUUCAUUCUAAUUUUAAGCGGUUAAAUAAAUAAUAUUUUAAGUUAUUAUAAGUAUUUAUAUUUGACUAUAUUUCCCAUUCAAAAAUCAUUCUCGUUAAAAUCUUAUGAACUUAAUAGCAUAGUAAUUUAAAUGAAGGUUAUCAAAAGAAUGGUUUGGCUGGGCUUCAAAAAAAUGUAUGUACAAAUUGUACUUAUUUUGAUUAUACCAUUAAUUUUUCUAUACAAUAUAAAUUUUUCCGAUUCAAUUAAAAAAACUCUGAAUAAAGAAAAAUAUUUGGUGAAUUGUCAUUUUGAAGAGCCUCAUGUUGAUUCAUUGAUUGAACUAAAUUCUAAUGAAGUCGCUAAGAACAGUAUUUUUUUUGUCGAGACAUCAUGUAAUCACAAAAAUGGCAUCAAAUUGAAUCUUAGACAAGGAUGUGCUAUAGAAUCUGCAGCUCGACUUAAUCCUAGUUCUAAAAUUUUUGUUUUAUAUCUGUCUCCUAGUUCUGUUGAAAAUAAGUCUGAAGUUCUCAUUAAAUUACAGAAAUAUAAAAAUAUCAAUCUAAGGUAUGUUAAUUUAAGAUCAUAUUCAGCAAAUACACCGGCACAAAAUUUUGUUACUUCAAAUACAAUAUAUACAAGUAAUUGGCCUGUGUCUCACACUAGCGAUUUACUAAGGUUUCUCACUUUAUGGAAAUUUGGAGGUACCUACUUAGAUCUCGAUGUCGUUCUCUUAAAGUCACUUGGCAACUUUUCUAAUUUUGUGAGUAAAGAAUCAGAUGACUCGAUUGCUUCACUUGUGUUAAAUUUUGGUACUGAUGAUCUUGGUAAAUCUGUAGCAAAUACAGCAAUUAAUGAUUAUGUUAACAACUAUCGAGGUUAUAACUGGGGCUACAAUGGACCUGGAGUUAUAACUAGGACUCUUCAAAAAAUGUGUAAUACUAAUUCUAUAGUGGAAAUGAAUAAAGACAAAUGCCAGGGCUUUACUAUAUUUGAUUCAGAUGCUUUUUGUCCUGUACGUUGGGAAGAUUGGUAUAACUACUUUAAUGCAAGUAUGAGUGAUGAAAUUAUGAAUAGUAUAAAAAAUAGCAUAGGUAUUCAUGUCUGGAACCAGCAUAGUAAAAAUACAAACAUUUUCAUUGGAUCAAAACAACCGUAUGGUUUAGUGGCUCAGAGUUAUUGUCCUGAAGUUUUUUCCUUAGCUAGGCAUAUAUUUUAAUUGAAAUAUUAUUUAUUUAUUUUUUAUAAAUCUCAAGUAUUAUAUUUGAGAAUAAUUUUCAAAAUAUUUAUUACCAAUGCCUUAUAAAAUGUAUAUUUUUAACUAUUUUUUUUUUUUUUUUAAAUAUAUUUAUUAUUUAUUUUUCUAGUGGUAAUAAAUUAAUAAUUUUAUGUAUGUAUACCAUGCUAUAAAAAAUUCUUGCUUACUGGCUGAUAAUUGAAUUUUUGAUUAUUAAUUCCUUGUUGUUGUAUUUAAAAUAAUUAUUAUAUUGUAACAAAUAACAAUAAGACAUAUUUUGAUAUUGUUAAACAACAAUUGUUGUUUUUAAUUAUUAAAAAUAAGAUAAGUUAAACUAUUUACAAAAGUAAAAUGUCUUGGCGACUAAUGAAUUUGAAAAUUUUAACUUGAAAAGUUUAUUCCAGAAUAAUUAAACUUGUUAAAUGUAGCGUAGCUAUGAAAUUCAAUACUAAGUAUAGAUUUUUAGAUUGAGUUAGAUUCAUAGAUUAUAAAUUUUUGAUUGUUGAAAAAUAUUACCAAUACUGUUUUAGUGAUUAAGCUAUUUUAAUAUAUAAUAACAUUU